UUUUUUUCUCUGAUACUUUUUUAUGGCCAUGAGUAAACUAUUGCAAUUAUACCAAUACAAUAUAAUAAACAAGCCCAUUCGCACUUUUGCUCUACAGUCAUCUUGUAUGAUGACGUUAGGAGACAUUCUAUCGCAGCAAGUCAUUGAAAAAAGAGGCAGAGAAAAUCAUGAUGUGCAACGCUCAUUGAGAAUGACCGUCUACGGUGCUCUGGUAGGCGGGCCCGUCAUUGGUACCUGGUUUGGUUUCAUCCAUCGUCUGAUUCAAAUCAGGCACACUUGGGCUGCGACUUUGGUGAGAGUCGGCGUCGAUCAAGUGUUUUUUUCACCUACGAUUCUCGCCAUCUUUAUGACGGGUAUAUCCAUUCUCGAAGGUCGAUCCAUGGCGGACAUUAAACAAAAGCUAGAAAAGAGCUAUGUCAAGGGAUUAAUGACCUCGUAUCAAUUUUGGCCCUUUGUCAAUUUGUUUACGUUCGCCUUGAUACCCAUGCAUUAUCGACCUCUCGUCAACAGCACAGCUGGUAUUUGUUGGAAUUCUUAUCUAUCCCAUCUCAAUCAAACAUCCCUACAGACAUCAGCCGAACCCGUCACCCAUACCACCACCGCCACCACCACCACUAUUCAAUAGCCAGCUCCAGUAAAACAAGACCCUAUUUUACUGAUAGAUACCCACCCCCCAUCCUCCUAUAGACCAUCUCCAUGUCAACACAUAGAAGAACGACUAUU